AUGAUUAAUCUAAAGACAUUAUUUAGACUAAUACUUGUCUCACAGGAGACAAUGAUUAACUGGUGUAUAACAAUGGGUUUAUUAUUAGCAACUAAAAAUUGUCCCAUUUGUGACAACGAAAUGAAGAUAAUUGUCAAACAAUUAUCGUACCGGUGCCACCAAAAGCAUGGACAACCUCAUGAUUAUAGACUAAGUGCUUUGAAUAAUACUAGGUUUUCUGGAUCAAAGUUUAGCAUUGAAAACAUAAUAAUCUUGACGUACCUGUUUUCGGUCGGCACAACAAAAUAUGAGGACAUUAAACGAGAAACAAGUGAUUUAAUUAAAACAACAUCUCAUAACACUAUAAGUGAUUGGCUUAACUUUUGUCGAGAAGUGGUAUUUGAUUGGGUCGAAAAAUAUCAAUCAGUUGAUCUCUUAGGAGGAGAAGGAGUUGUCGUAGAAAUUGACGAAACAAAAGUUGGUAAAAGAAAGUACAAUAGAGGUCGACUAGUUGAUGGGACGUGGAUUUUAGGUUUAGUUGAGAUUCAAAUAGGAGCUAAUUGUCGACGUGGAGGUAGAUUUCGUUUAGAAAUAUGUCCCCUAAAUAAAAGAGAUGCCGACACUCUUUUACCUUUGAUACGUAAGCAUGUAAAAAUUGGGACAACUAUUGUGUCUGACUGUUGGGCUGGAUAUUAUAGACUAACAGACAAUGGUUUUGUCCAUUUUACUGUGAAUCAUUCGAAAGAAUCAAUGGGGAUAUGUAUACCAUUAUCAGUGAUCUGGUGGACAUACAAUAAGCCGUUGUUGUUGUCAUCAUCAGCGGUUAACUACUGGCAAUCGUUACGGACAAAGUCCAGUAGUAGCCGACAAUUGUCUACAAAAACAAACAAUCGGUAUCAGUGUCUUAGAUCGGCAGCGCUUAUGAACCCAGGCGUCGAUGGUAUCGAUAUGAUUGUCAUGAAAAACCAGUGCAUCCGAUCGGUAGGUCGCGUUAUACGGCCAUCAAUGGAAGAUAUUCGGGUAUUUCAUUCGGAUGGAACCGGCGUUUUUGUUGGCGACAAUAGUCUACUGUUAACCUGUUAUCAUGUGGUCGUACAGCUACCGGUAGUUUGGGUCGAAUUUGUGAUAAGUUACGAGAAUCGGAUGGCAAAAAAAUGUUUAAUUAAGGCCGACGUUGUCUAUUGUGAACCGCACUGUGAUUUAGCACUACUUCAUCUCCAGAGUUUACCGUCUGAAGUGUCCGACCGGCCGACUAUACUGACGAUAACCAACAAACUGGCAGCCGAUAAAAGUAUCGGAUUCGGUGCACCGGUAGCUAUGCUCGGCAAUGGCAAUGAUAUACACUAUGAACUACAUCCGGGUAUGAUUAGGACACCACUGGUCGACAAAAAUAUGACACCCUAUAUGUAUUACGUUAGAAUAUCAACCGGUAGCGAACAAUUACCGAUCAUAGCCACUAAUAUGGUCACUGUUCCGGGUUUUUCGGGAAGUCCUGCAAUCGAUAUCAAUGGCAAAUUGUGUGGUCUUGUUUGGGGCGGUAUUAGUGAACGAUUUUUUAUAAGCUAUGCUAUCGAUUAUAAAACAUUGUCAGCGUUUUUCAAUAGGGCUAUAGUUUAUGGAAGAGAGGGUAGAAAUCAAACCCGUCUAAGAAAACGAUUUGAAUGGGAUAUUCAGUCCAAUAGACGACUAAUGGGUCUAAUAGUUGAUUCAAAACCAUUUUCCGGUUGUUUUACUGUACAGUCGGCACUUCCGAUGGCCUCAACUAAUGCAAUUGGUAUUAUUGGUAGACGUAUUUGUUUAGUUAACGGUCAGGUAUGCAAUACUGUCGAUGAUAUUCGAUUGGCUAUCAAUAAUAGAUUGGAAAUCAAAGUGACCAUUAGGUCUACCAUAGAUGAUGACAGUAGUAGUGAUAGUAAGGACAGUAUGAAAACCAUUGACAUCAAUACUAUAGAAACCAUCGAUGAACAGGACAUUAGUAUUAUGCCAUUAGUUUUCUGA